CCAGCCGCAGUGCCUGACGGGAGGCAGAGCAGCGAACGAGGGCGUCGGCCAUUUUGUGUCUGUUUCCUGUGGGACGCGGUGGUGGCGGUUGGGUCUGAAGAGCGAGGGAUUUUUCUCUUUGUUUUUCCUGCUAGUUUUCUCUUCCCUUUUCCUUUGUCGGUAGAGCGCGGUUAUGGGUCGCAAGAAGAAGAAGCAGCUCAAGCCGUGGUGCUGGUAUUGUAAUAGAGAUUUUGAUGAUGAGAAGAUCCUUAUACAGCACCAAAAAGCAAAGCAUUUUAAAUGCCAUAUAUGUCAUAAGAAAUUGUACACAGGACCUGGUUUAGCUAUUCAUUGCAUGCAGGUGCAUAAAGAGACAAUAGAUGCUGUACCAAAUGCAAUACCUGGGAGAACAGACAUAGAGUUAGAAAUAUAUGGUAUGGAAGGUAUUCCAGAAAAAGACAUGGAUGAAAGAAGACGACUUCUUGAACAGAAAACGCAAGCAGAGAGUCAAAAAAAGAAACAACAAGAUGAUUCUGAUGAGUAUGAUGAUGAUGACUCUGCAGCUUCAACUUCAUUUCAACCACAGCCUGUUCAACCUCAACAAGGUUAUAUCCCCCCAAUGGCACAGCCAGGCCUACCACCAGUUCCGGGAGCACCGGGAAUGCCUCCAGGCAUACCUCCAUUAAUGCCAGGUGUUCCUCCUCUGAUGCCAGGAAUGCCACCAGUUAUGCCAGGCAUGCCACCUGGAUUGCAUCAUCAGAGAAAAUACACCCAGUCAUUUUGCGGUGAAAACAUAAUGAUGCCAAUGGGUGGAAUGAUGCCACCUGGACCAGGAAUACCACCUCUGAUGCCUGGUAUGCCACCAGGUAUGCCCCCUCCUGUUCCACGUCCUGGAAUUCCUCCAAUGACUCAAGCACAGGCUGUUGCAGCACCAGGUAUUCUUAAUAGACCACCUGCACCAACAGCAACAGUUCCUGCUCCGCAGCCUCCAGUUACUAAGCCUCUUUUCCCCAGUGCUGGACAGAUGGGGACACCUGUAACAAGCUCAAGUACAGCUUCAUCCAAUUCAGAAAGUCUGUCUGCAUCUUCUAAAGCUCUGUUUCCUAGCACAGCACAAGCUCAGGCAGCUGUGCAAGGACCUGUUGGUACAGAUUUCAAGCCCUUAAAUAGUACCCCUGCAACAACUACAGAACCCCCAAAGCCUACGUUCCCUGCUUAUACACAGUCUACAGCUUCAACCACUAGUACAACAAAUAGCACUGCAGCUAAGCCAGCAGCUUCAAUAACAAGUAAGCCUGCUACACUUACAACAACCAGUGCAACCAGUAAGUUGAUCCAUCCAGAUGAGGAUAUAUCACUGGAGGAGAGAAGGGCACAGUUACCUAAAUAUCAACGUAAUCUUCCUCGACCAGGACAGGCUCCCAUCGGUAAUCCACCAGUUGGACCAAUUGGAGGUAUGAUGCCACCACAGCCAGGCAUCCCACAGCAACAAGGAAUGAGACCCCCGAUGCCGCCUCAUGGUCAGUAUGGUGGUCAUCAUCAAGGCAUGCCAGGUUACCUUCCUAGUGCUAUGCCGCCAUAUGGGCAGGGACCGCCAAUGGUGCCGCCUUACCAAGGUGGGCCUCCUCGACCUCCGAUGGGAAUGAGACCUCCUGUAAUGUCGCAAGGUGGCCGUUACUGAUCUUACUUCAUCCAAUCUAAUAGGUUUUUAGAAGUGAAGUAUAGUAAAUUUGGUUCGUUAUAUUGUGAAGGCGCUGGAAUUACAUGAACAUACCACCUUAAUAAAGGCAAGUUCUGUAAGCUUACGUUGCUAUUUGUAAAGUUAUGCCUUCACAGCAUUUCAGAUGCUGUUGGACUUCAUGUCCCCAACCUAGCUUGGUGAGGGCUGUAACUGUUUCCAAGUACCUGUACAUUGGAAGUCUGAAAUGUGUAACAAUAUUUAAUGUAUUUAGAGUUCCUCAUGUUGCAGGGUUUAAGAAAUCUGACCCACCAAGGUCAUGUGACUUUUCUGUACUGUUAAACUUCAUUGUAAUAAAAUAAGAGAAAAAUUUAUGCCUUUUUAUUCAUAACCCAGCUGUGGACCACUGCCUGAAAGGUUUGUACAGAUGCAUGCCACAGUAGAUGUCCACAUAAUAAAAUUCAGAGUUACCAAUGCAGUUUUGAUAUAUCACUGGAUUCUGUCUUUGAAUUGUAGGUUGUUAGCUGCAUGUUUUAAACUGGACAGUAUAUAUAGAAUUGUAUGUUAGUGCUUCAGUUGACAGAAACAUUUAGAUACAUGAGUCAUUACAUAAUGGGUAUGAAAUCUUUAUAUUGUGUCACCUCACCACCCCCUUGGUGUCAAUACAUGUUACAUGUCAGAUAUUUAAAAUGUAAAUCUUAAUAUUCCCUCCUUCCUGCUGACGAUGUUUAGAGCCUAGUGCCAGACCCAUUCAUUCAUUUCCUUCUGAUUAUUUUUGAGACUACAGUACUGUGUGGACCACAGAAGCUUUUCAAGGUGCAAACUUCUAGAAGCUUAGGUGCAUGCAGUAAUAGCUUUUUGUGCUGUUAAUGGGUUGGUAUAUGUUCUGUGUAAUGCCGAGGAUGUAAAUGCCUGUGUUAGGAUGGUUAACAGAUGGAUUCAAAAUUUUUAACUUUUAUGUUCUUGGAAGAUUACAUUAUUUCUUUGAUUAGAUGGCUAGCUUCUGUUAUUAUUAAGCCUAAAUGGCUUUGCUGUUAACAUUUUCAUCCUUGGAAAUUUAAGUGUUACUGUGUUCCUAUGGAGAACUUUUCUGUAGAGAUGACUGCUGUUAUUCAGUAUCUUGUAUUGGCAAGUCUCUUAUAAUAAUAGCUCUUGUUGAUCUCUUUCUGACGUCCAUUUGAUCUUUACUUUUGCCAGAGUAGUUUUAUGGUUAUUUAAGUAUCAAAUGACCUGUACAAAGUGUAAUUAUUAAUAUAAUGAACUCAAGUUGAGUUUUUCCUCAAUAUAAAGUUUAGACUUCUAAGAAAAUGGUAACAUUUCUUUAUAACCUUGAUGUGAAGGUGUAGAUAUAAGACAUGAAAUGCGAAGUUUUCUUUAAAAAAACAAGGUUUAACCUUGUAGGAAAAUAUUGAAAAAUGUUUUAACCAUCAUAAAAAAGUCUGUAUUUAAGUGGCAAGUAAAAGUCAUUCAUGUAAACAAAACAUUGCAAGUAUUAUAAAGCUGAAUGCUAUUUUAAAUCUGAUAUUUUGCUCCACUGGUUUUAUAACUCCUGUGUUGUGGUACCAUUGAGGAUCUAAAAAUUCUGUAGCUUGAAAAGGCAGCAUCCAUGUGUCACCAAGAAUGCAUUUCUUCCUUCUGCCAGCAGCCAAGCCCCAUUCCCCUUUCUCCACCAAAUGCCUGCCUACCUAAAUAGUUUUGGAAUUAACAUACUCUUCUUAGAUUUGGCAGCACAUUUAUCAUACUGCCAAGGAAAAACCUGUGUUGAAAAUAUUUAAGGUAAACAUGGCAUGAUUAAAUUUAGAAUGAUUAGAUAGGAAGUGUUCUCCCAAACCAGAUGUCUCAAGCAUUUCAUGUACAGGCUUAUCAGCAAACUACAAAUGGGUUAGUGAUGUUUUCAGAAGUUGUGCAAAGCUUCAUUUGCAUUUAAUGCAAAGAGAACUUAUUUUUAUAUCAAGGUUUGUUACUUUCCCAGAUCUGAAGAGAGAAGAUAUUAUUAGUAUUAAAUAAGUGAUAGAAUUCUUAUUAAAAGUUAAUUCAAAGUGUUAUGCAUGGCACUUAAAAAACAAGCACAUCUCUUGUGUUUUGUAGGUAUAUGGCUCAGGUGGUGCCCAUUUGGUAUAUUGAAAGUGUAAUUUGUGCAUGCAUCAGAGCAUAAUUAAGCUUCUAGAAAAUACCAUUUACCUAACUGCUUCUGGGGUCCAUAGUGUGGUUAAAUCGUGAGUGGAACAAAUUACAUUGAAAUAACUCUUACUUGUGCUUCCUUAAAUAAUAGAUGAAGUUGAGUCGAAGUAGACAUCAACUGCCCUCAGAGAAGACAACUUCUGAGAUUUGAUAUAUUCAGGCAGGCAUUGUGAUUGCCAUCAUUAAGGAAGUUGUAAGAUUAAUGGGGCUGCCGGCUUUGGCUCUACCUUAAAUCCACUACUAUAUCACCUUUUGUAAAGAAAACAAAAACGACUUAAACAUUUUGUCUGGCACUAGUUUCUAUUGUAUAGAUUUUACUACUGUAUGACAAUAACAAGACCAGCAGGUGAGGAUCAAGUUUUGAGUGGCUGCUGGAAUUAUCAUUUGAUUUGAAUACUUAACCGUUUUAGUGAUCGCUCACACAUUUACCAUUAGGAAUGGGGAAAAUACUCUUAGUGUACUCCUGGUCCACUGAUCAAGUUACAUAUUGAGGUUAAACUCAGCUUAAACAUAGUUAUCUGGGGGGAGAUCCCCAACAACAUAAGUAUGGGCUCAGAAUGGAAUUAUAGUUAACAGUAGUUUUUU